GCCGAAGCGCUGUCUCAGGAGGGCAGCGCACCGCUCCCAGUGGGUUGGGCCCUAAGCUCAUCUAAGACGGGGAAUUGUUUCAGUGAUACCCAGAAACGUUACCUCGAAGACAAGUUUAUGAUUGGUCAAGAAACGGGCCACAAGCAAGAUCCAGCAGUCGUAGCACAUGACAUGCGCUUCGCUCGAAACAAUAAAGGAGCAAGACUGUUUAUUGUUCAGGAAUUUUUGACUGCCAGACAAAUCCAGUCUUUCUUCUCGAGGAUGGCUGCAAAACUACGACGUCAGGGACAGUCGACAUGCGAGACCGACCUGGAGCCUAAUGAUGACGAUAUAGCUGCAGCAGAAGAAGAACAGGCCUACGAGGACAUUCGUACGCUAGUCCUUAGCGAAGUCCAGCUCCGCCAUCCUAUCGUGUUCGACACCUACAAUCUGUGCAAAAUGUGCAAAGAAAGUAAGCUGAAUAAACUAAGCAUACCCAUGCUUCGGAAUGUCUGCGAUCACUUUGACAUAAACAUGGAAAGCACUACUUCUGGGCGCAAAGCCCCUUACAUCGCAAAGAUAACAGAACUAGUUGAAACAUGCGACUGCAACUGA